AGGAGGAGGGCCGUGGUCAAAUGGAUGGGGAGGGGGCUCGGUCACGCAGCAGGAGGAGUUGGAUCUGGAACCAGUUCUUUGUGAUUGAAGAGUACAGCGGGCCUGAACCGGUGCUCAUCGGACGGCUGCACACUGACAUGGACCGAGGUGAUGGACGCACCAAGUACGUGCUGAGGGGCGAGGGGGCGGGUGCGGUGUUUGUGAUUGACGAGAAGACGGGCAACAUCCAUGUCACCAAGCCCCUGGACCGCGAGGAAAAGGACGAGUACCGCCUCAUCGCCACAGCAACCGACCGGCAGACCGACCGGGCCCUGGAGCCCUCGUCCACAUUCAUCAUCAGAGUGCAGGACAUCAACGACAACCCACCUCUGUUUGAGGAAGGGCCCUACAGCGCCAUGGUGCCUGAGAUGGCCAACAUAGGUACUUCUAUAAUCCAGGUGACAGCGACAGAUGCUGACGACCCAACCUAUGGGAACAGUGCCAGACUGGUGUACACACUGGUGCAGGGACAGCAGUUCUUCUCUGUGGACCCACAGACAGGUAUACUGCGCACAGCGGUGCCUGAUAUGGACAGGGAAACCCAGGACCGGUACCUGGUUGUUCUGCAGGCCAAGGACAUGGGGGGCCAUCUGGGAGGUCUCUCAGGGACCACCACUGUCACCGUGAGGCUGAGUGAUGUCAACGACAAUCCCCCUCGCUUCACACAAAGUAUGUGGUCGUUCUCUGUGUCCGAGCUGGCUGUUCCGGGGGCGGAGGUGGGCCGUAUCUCGGCAACAGAUGCUGACCUGGGCGACAAUGCCAAGCUGGAAUAUACCAUCCUGGAGGGAGAGACGGGGAACACCUUCAACAUCAGCGGAGCCAACCAAGAGGCUGUGAUCACACUGAACAAGGCUGUGGACUAUGAGAGUCGUAGCUCCUACUCUUUCUCCGUGGAGGUGUUGAACCCCAUGGUGGACCCUCGUUUCCUCCGCCGUGGGCCCUUUAAGGACCGCGCCUCCAUCCGGGUGGCCGUGCUGGACGCAGACGAGCCGCCCCGCUUCUCCCGGGCUCGCUACCGUAUGGAUGUGUCGGAGAACUGCCCUCCCGCCUGCACCGUGGGACGGGUUAGUGCUGUGGACCCUGAUACUGGACUCACCAAUAACAUCAGGUUCUCUAUUGAUCCCCAGUCAGAUCCAGAGGCUCUGUUCCGUAUCACCCCGGACAGCGGCCUCAUCACCACGGCCAUGGAGCUGGACCGUGAGCGCGAACAAUGGCACAACAUCACCGUCAUCGCCACACAGAGAGACAACCCCAGCCAGGUGUCCAGAGUGGUGGUGACCAUAGAAACGCUGGACCUGAAUGACAAUGCUCCCGAGCUGGACAGAAAAUACACAACAGCCAUGUGUGACUCAUCAGCCACCGGACAGGUGGUGCAGGUGUUGCGUGCGAUUGAUAGAGAUGAGGGAGGGAAUGACAGCGCUGUCUAUUUCAACAUCCCUCCAGAGUCCAGCGUCGCCCUCAACUUCAGCAUCAGGGACAGUGGAGGCCCCACCGCCACCCUGUUGCUCUUGUCGCCCCUGCAGCCCCUCUCCCGCUCGUCCUCCUCCUCCCUCACACUGCACGUCCCCCUGGUACUAAGGGACGGGACAUCUGGCCUGACCUCCACUGGGACGGUCACCGUGUCCGUUUGCCCCUGCCUGAGAGGAGGGGCCCGGGCUGGGGAGAAGGAGCGGCAGGAGAGGCAGACGGAGGGAGACUGGGAGUGGGAGAGAGAGACGGUGUGUGUCCCCCAGCAGUCCACCUCUCCUUCCCCUGGGCUUAGCACCGCCGCCCUGCUGGCCAUCCUGGCCUGUGUUGCCACUCUGCUGGCGGUCAGUGCCUUGUCCCUGUCCCUCCGCCGUCAGAAGCGGGACUCUCUGUCCCCCCUGGAGGAGGACGAUGUGCGGGAGAACAUCAUCACCUACGACGACGAGGGUGGGGGUGAGGCCGACACGGCCGCCUUCGACAUUGCAGCGCUCCAGAGCGCCCCCCACAGCUCACGCAGGGUAUACCGCACCCUGGACAGCAGGAACAUACGCUACUCCCAGCACGUCCAGGACAAAGCCCAGUCUUACAGCUGGGCCCAGAACCCAACUCUGGACCCGGCCUACUCCGGCCCUGGAGGGCCCAUGUACGGCCGCCUCUGCUACAGCAGCCAUACCUUACCUGUUCUCCGACGUACUCCAGGGAGCCAGUUUGAGCCGGGCCUGGCUGAGCUGGCCUACCGCUUCCCUGGGGGCCAGCCGGACCACUCGUUGGUCAUCCAGAAUCAGGGGGCCAUGGUGGGGGCCCUGGAGCCAGGGGCCGUGUACAUAGGCCCAGCUGAAAUGAGCAGCAGAGAGAGCAGAGACGGGACGGGCCCGCAGAGUGGGGUUAGCACCUCAGAUGGAGGGACACCGCGGACCAAUGACAGCCAGGAGAGAGGCGGAGGGGGAGCUAUGAGCAACUGUACAGAGAACAGCAGCGAGCAGCAGAGCCAAAGCCAGGACUCAGUGGACUUGGUCCAGUCUGAGACCCUCCCCCGGGAGAGGGAGCACAGCCUGGUCCUGACCCGCUCUGGCUCCGUGGUUGGUCAGGGAGGUGCCUGGGUGUGUGACUCGGCCACACUGCCCAUGGCGGGCCGCAGAGCCUCCCGCGCAGGCCUCUCCCCCAAACGCUCCGGCUUAGCUGAAGGAGGUUCCUCUGGUGGUGGAGGCCCUGGGGCGAACGGCACAGACAGCAAGUCUCAGCAGUCAGCCGCCCGCAACUACACCAGUGUCCUGCAGGGGGAGGCAGCAGGACAGAGGCAGGACUACCCUGGGAGCAUGGGGAGGGGAGGGCUGGAGAUUGGCAGCAACUUUGUGGUGGCCAGGCCGGACAGGGAGGGCGGAGGGAUAUCUCUGACUGGCACUUCUUGCGGGGGGAUGUAUCCAGAAGGGUUCAUGGCUGACUGGCGGGACAGGGUGGGUAUUGGGGCAUACAUUUUAGGAAGAAGGGAUAUGACCCCCCAGAUGCUGCCCUUCCCAGGGCAGCCCAGGGGUGCAUAUGGAGGCAUCAUGGGGUACGGGGCAGGGUGGGUCCCAGGGAUAGAGGCAGGGAGAGGGGGUCCAGUACCAGGUGGUCACUCCUUGGCCCUCAGGGUGGGUGAGUUCCUCCGCCUUCGUCUGGCUCAGGUCACCUUUGACCCCUCGCAGCCUCCCUAUGAUUCAGUGCAGGUGUACGGGCUGGAGGGCACAGGGUCACGUGCAGGCUCCCUCAGUUCGCUGGAGAGUGAGGGAGAGAAGGAUGCAGAGAAGGAGGAGUGGGGAGGAGGACUGGAGGAGUGGGGUCCACAAUUUCAGGAGCUAGCCAAGCUGUUCCGAGAUAGGGAGAAAGAAAAACAAGAGGAGAUGGAGAAGGAUGGGGAGGAAGGAGUAGAGAACAACAAAAAAGAGGCUGAAAAAGAGGAGGGGCAGAAAGAGGAGCUGUCUGGAGAUGAGGGGAAAGACAGAGAGGGAGAAGAGAAAAAAUGAGAGAGAAUUAGGGAAGGGUGGAAGAAUGAUUAAAAGGCAAGCAGAGUUAGAAUAAUGGGAAGAGAAGUUAACGGAGAGAGAGAUGAAGAGGGAGAAUAAUAAAAAGAGACAGAUAAAAAUGAGCCCAGGGAAGCAAGGGCAGGGGAGGGAGUGAUUGAUGUAAUUUAAAGCAAUAAGUGGUGAAAGGCUGAUAUGUGUGAGCACAGAUACUGAGACAAUGUGCAUGAUGUUUCUCCACUAAGCAGCAACAAUUUGUUAAGUGGUCUGGACAAAGAGAAACAACUUAAACAUCCGAGACAGGAUUUUCAUUCAGCUCUACAUCUAUAGAAAUAGAAAGAGGAGAGAGGGAGUGAGCGAAUGUGUUUCUUUGUUUGCAAGUGUGUGGGAUGAGGGUGUGUAUGUGAGAGAGAGAAAUUGGAAACAAAUUAUUAUUAUUUUUUUUGGGGGGGGGGUGCAAGCAAUACCAAGGAAGUAUGGAAAAUUAGAGUACCACACGGAGGAGAAGGGGAUAUAAGAUGACCAAGACAGAGGGAUAGAGAAGAAAGACAAAGAAGGAGAGAGUGAGAGAGAGAGGAAGAGAGAUGAUUGUGCAGAAACUGUUGCAUUCACACCGUCCGCAGAGGCAGAAAAGUGAAUAAUUCAACUCACGACUUCAUUCCAAAUAAAAAACGAUGAAUCAUUUAAAUCGCUGAAGAAGUCGUAUCACUGGAAAAUACCAGUAGCGUGCCGUGGUUCUGGGGCCUGGGCCUUCAGUGAAGUCCUACAUCGUCCCACCCGAAUUAAUCCACCUCUUAUUACCAUCAUGAUGAUGCCAUGUCUCGAGACACUAUACAUUUAGACAGAAACGCAGUAUAACCAGGCGUUGCGUCACCUUGAAAUUGACAUUUUUAUUCAGAGAAUUGCAGUGGAAGAGUACACUACCUUUUCAUUGUGCAGCUUUGUUGCACUGCGCGCUUGUUCGUUGAGCUGUAGAUCCACUCGGGUGUCCCCAAAAGUUUUCAAAAGCACCAUUGCUUGUAAGUGCCCAGCCGUACUUUGGUGUCUCGUUUCUGCCUUGGUUAGACAACUCAGGUUUGCAAAGCCAGUGUGGCUCCAAACACCAAAUCGAUCACUUGCAAAUAAUAGGCAUUCCCAGCAGUACAGUUUGCAGUGCUUCUCGGAGCCUGUGAGUCAUUGAUAGCGUCCAUAAUUGAAAGUGGCGAACGAACCUCUUUCCCACCUGUGACAGGCUUUGUAGCGUCGGCGUCUACCUCUCCUGACAAUGUCUAACUUUUCUUGAAAAGUUUGUCUUGAGAAUGGCGUUGUAAAUAUUUCUUCGACCAAAUCGAUAUCUUCUCCUUCCGCCAUUGUGGGUUGAAAAAACAGCUUAGUAGUACGCAAAUUAAUUCAUUGAUCAAUUUCAGUUUCCUAUUUCUCAGACCUGCCCAUAUAGGACCUGCCUCUCAAUAUUGGUAAUCCAAUCAAAAGACGUGCAGGCACUACGCCUGCUCGCUGGCUCCUGUGUAACACUGGAGCCAGCCAGCAGGCGUACAAUAGCCAACUCUAAAGCUGAUUGGUUGACACUAAAUUUUAAUUUCCAUUCACUUUAAGCUACAAGCGCCCGCACUGUUGAUUCUGAAGGCCUGAGGGCAGAUUUUAGACCCCUGGCAACACAUGAUGGUUGAAUAUGAUUGGAUAAAAUAUCUUAAUUAACAUAUCUAACAUAAUGACCAGCCCUCCAAAUCUCAACCUGGGGCUGGAAGCAGUGCAACCAAGAGGAACGCAAUGAAAUGAAGAGUGUAACUCUUACUCUGGGGAAUAAUUUAAUACAUAUUUGUGGGAAAAUAUAUUUAAAAAAUAUAUAUAUUCUGAUGAUGUUUAGGCCAGCAGAGAAGGCCUUGCUGGCCCUGACGGCCCACCACUGGAAAAUACACAUUGUGAGAAGAAAAAAAGGGAUAUGAUAUUCCCAGGCUUAGCUGAGUGUUGUUGUGUUUACAAACACAGACUAGACAUUUUUUUUAAAAACAUGUUUAUUUUUGGGGUGAAGCUUGCAUUCAAUUGCCACACUCUAUUGCACAGAAUAGCUACCAUUUCCCCUGUCACAAGGGGAUUUAUGGCUGAAUUAAGAUGAAAUUGUCCACCCUGUUACGGUCAACCCUGUUACGGUCAAACGUGUUACUUUAUUUGGAACUAAAUAGGCACUUACUAUAUAUGUUUUUUUUUAUUAACCUCUUGAGAUGGGAAAACAUGUUUUUUAUCAAGAUGAAAAAAAUUCUGUAAUUAGGUGGAAUCAAAGUUUAUUAUGACCAAGUUACACUUCUCAAAAGGCACCGAAUUGAUGGAACAACCCACAACACCCACACACACUAAAGACUCAUUUGUGUUAUCAGGCAUUGAUUGUAUAAUAAAUCACGAAAGCAAAAGUAUUAACAAGAUGCAUUGAAUCUAUGUAUGAAUCUAAUAAAUCUCUUCUAAAUCGACUAUUUUACUGUAUGUAGGGAGGAGAGGAGAGACAUGACUAUUUUUUAUGCAAAACCUCCAUCUACUCAAUCAACAUGUCUUGAGGACCAAGUCUGCAUGAUUUGAGAACAAUCUCAACCAAUCUCAACCGUCUAUUCACACUCUGAAAACUCUUAACCGUCCAAUCCGUAACUUCCAUUUAUCAGUGAAGAGUGUCAGAAUGAAAACCAGCAGGCCCAGCGAACAGAAACAACUGGGCCCCGUAAUGGUCAAAGGUUAGAGGUUAAUUUAAGAAUGAGCUGGGAUUUCAGCUGGAAUGCACUUUUAUACUGUGUGGCGUUCAAUACUAGACUAUGAAUAAUGUCAGAUCAAGUUUUUUUUAAACGUUUUUUUUUUAAGAUGUCUAUGGACGAUAACUACUGUUCUACUGUAUGUGAAUGCAUUUGUAAAUAUCAGUGAAUAUCCUUGUUAAAAGAGAAGAUAAUUGUCACAAAAAAAAAUUUAAGUGGAAAAACUGUCACGUUUGAACAGAGCACUGUUGGGACAACUGAAACCUGGCCUAGAUUAAUAUCUCAACCAGACUGGACUUGAUUUACCUGACCCUGAACUAAACUGGCACAAUGUACCUAACACAACAUUCUUGUGGAAAAGCAAAUUAUUCAAAUAGGUCUUUAUCCUGGCAAAAAGAGUUAUGCGAAACAUGCGCAGUCGAUUACUAGUGAGGUAACCUGCUUCACCAGCCAUGUCUCUGACAAGAACUAGAAGCCUGGCGUGCAAGGUUAUGGGAGGUAGCUUUCUAAAGCCAGCAUUUCGAUGAAUUCCGUUUCCGUUGAAAACCAUUUAACUGGACCAUGAAAACUGCCCGAUGCUGUAUUCUAUUCUCCAAUGCAAUUGUCACAACCCGUUCGCUGAAUUGACUGGAGCUGUAAUGGAACCGACCCCAAAGAAUACAUAUAGUGUCCCCGAGGCAGCAAAAAGAGACUCCUGUCAGCUCAGACUUUAUGUGCCAUGCCCAAAAGUUGUGCACUGUUAACUUAACAUUGGCUCAGAUUGUGACAAACCCCUAGUGAAAAGAGAAAGUCGACACAAUCACCACAAGAGUCCACAAUCACACUGUGUCCCUGUGUAAGGUCCUGUUGAAAUACUUUUAAAAACGCGCCCUUCAUCUCUCCAUUCCUCGGCGCUAUCACUGAUUUGACAAGUCAAAGCGAUGAAACGGGAACCCUUCCUUUCACUUAUCAAAUUGGGUUUAGAUCUGUGAUUAUUACUCCGAGGAUGGGCGGAAGCAGGGAUGCGUUUUGAAUGUAUUCAAACCGGGCCAAAGACUUGACUGGACCCUGCCAGGACUGCUGUAGUAGUGCACAAUCUCUGGGGGGAAGAGGAGAGCGGGACCCUGGAGAAUGGUCUGACCAGGCUUGGUCAAACUCCAGCCCUGAUAUGGCUAGCCUCCUUAGUAUUGUAUAGUCUCGACACCAUAGUGGAGGCUAUAGAGAAGGGUUAUUCAAUUCUUACCCUACGAGGUCCGGAACCUGGUGGUUUUCUGUUGUAUCUGAUAAUUAAUUGCCCUGGUCUACAUUAGUCCCUGAUUAGAGGGGAACAAUGAAAAACACAGUGGAACUGGCUUAGAGGUCCAGAGUUGAGUUUGAGGACUAUAGAGGUUAGCCAUACCAGGGCUAGUCAAGCCCUAUUCACAGGGAAUAACCACAUACACCUGUAAAACACCCUCACAUACGCUGUGGAAUAUGUUAUGUAGUUCACACCUAUAAAUAUAGAUCAUGUAAUAUAUGUGUGUGUCGUAAUUAUAAACUGAUUGGUGCCUCAUCUACUGUGACAUAAUGACUUAUGUCCCCCGAAACAUGGUUAGCCAGCGCCGAUUGGCUCUUGGUGUUUUGCUUGUGCUGAUUGGUCUAAAUCAGAGUGAUGCUCCAGUUGAUUGAUCUGUAGAUGGCGAGGCCUUGGCUUGUAGAGCCGCCGUCACUUAACUACUUGAUUGAACUGAUUAUGUCACCUCCGGAGGAAAGGAAUCGAAACACCAAAUUGGUCCAAUCAAAGGCAUGAUUAGUUGAAUCAGUCGCCUCCUGUCGCAGGGGCACUCCAGGACCGGGGGUUUCCUAUUCCUGGUCACCCCCCCCCACC